UGAUGUUCCUCCAGGGAGCCGAGCCCUGCAUCGGCCCGGACCCCCCAGGUCUACGAUCAUGCAGAAAGGCUCUUUGCAAACUCUAAGAAGACCCUCUGCUUCCUGGAGAGGGAAGGACGGAGGAGGGGCACCAGAUUUCCAGGAGGUCACUUGCUCCAAGGUGUCUUGCCUUUCUUGGACACGAGGUUCAGCAACGUUGGACUUUGGGAGCUCUUCGUUCCAUCUCUCUUCCCUCCUUUCACCGCCGCCCCCGCCCACGCCCCCGUUCCUUUGGCUGGUGUAGAAGAGCAGAAUGAGUUUGAAGUAGCCUCCUGCGAGAGUGCAAGAUGCAGCGGUCUCUGCUGUGGGCCCCCUUGCUGCUGCUGUUUCUGCUGAGGAGAGGGGACGGAGAGCUGUGUCCGUCCUCACUCUGCGAGUGCUCUGACUGGAACAAGUUCAAAAUCACCUGCAAGGACAUCCACUUCAUCCCCAGGCUCCCCCAAGACACCCAGACAUUGAGGUUUAUGGAGACUCACCUGAAAACAAUUCCCAGAGAAGCAUUUUCAAAUCUACCCAACAUUUCCAGAAUCUACGUGUCCAUAGAUGCCACUCUUGAACGACUGGAAACCUAUUCAUUCUACAGUUUGAGAAAACUGACUCACAUAGAAAUACGGAAUGUCAAAAAUUUAAUUCAGAUAGAUCCAGAUGCCUUUAAGAACUUACCACUGUUAAAAUUCCUUGGCAUUUUCAACUCUGGACUUAAAGUAUUCCCUGAUCUGACCAAAAUAUAUUCAGCUGACGUGAACUUCUUACUUGAAAUUGCAGAUAACCCUUUCAUGACUUCAAUUCCCAGGAAUGCCUUCCAAGGACUGUGCAACGAAUCCCUUUCACUGAAACUCUAUAAUAAUGGCUUUACUUGGAUUGAAGAACAUGCUUUCAAUGGCACAAAGCUGGAUGCUGUUUACCUGCACAAGAACAAAUACCUGACUGUUAUUGAUGAGGAUGCAUUUUGGGGGACCUACAGUGGACCAAACCUGCUGGACGUCUCUCAGACGGGUGUUUCAGCCUUACCAACGAGAGGUCUGGAACGCCUGAAAGAGCUGGUUGCUAAGAACACUUGGACCCUCAAGAAGCUUCCCUUUGCCUUGAGUUUCCUUCACCUGACACGGGCUGAACUUUCUUAUCCAAGCCACUGCUGUGCUUUCAAGAAUCGGAAGAAAAUCAAAGGGAUGCUGGAGUCUCUCAUGUGCAACCAGAGUGACAGUUCUCGUCGUAAGAGAUCCAUCCGGGGCCCUGACGCCCAAUCCCCCCAGGACUCCAGCGAGGAGGACGAAGCACCCAUGGACCCAGCAUCUGGCGAGGAGGGCUCUGAGUCUCCUGGCAUCCGCGGUGGCUCCCAUUACUACGUCUUCUUCGAAGAGCAGGAGGAUGAGACGGUCGGGUUUGGCCAAGAGCUGAAGAAUCCCCAGGAGGAGACGUUCCAGGCUUUCGACAGUCAUUAUGACUACACGGUGUGCGGGGGCAACGAAGACAUGGUGUGCACACCAGAGCCUGACGAGUUCAAUCCCUGCGAAGACAUCAUGGGGUACGAGUUCCUCAGGGUCACGGUGUGGUUCGUGAACCUGCUGGCCCUCCUGGGCAAUGCCUUUGUCUUGUUCAUCCUCCUCACGAGUCACUACAAGCUGACAGUCCCCCGCUUCCUUAUGUGUCACCUGGCCUUUGCCGACUUCUGCAUGGGUGUCUACCUCCUCCUGAUUGCCGCCGUGGACCUCCGCACCCGCUCGGAGUACUACAACCACGCCAUCGACUGGCAGACGGGGCCCGGCUGUAACACAGCAGGAUUCUUCACGGUCUUUGCCAGCGAGCUGUCGGUGUACACGCUGACGGCCAUCACGAUGGAGCGCUGGUAUGCCAUCACGUUCGCCAUGCAUCCAGACCGGAAAAUCCGCCGGCGGCACGCCUCCAUCGUCAUGCUGGGUGGCUGGCUGGGCUGCUUCCUGCUGGCCCUGUUUCCAUUGGUGGGUGUCAGCAGCUACGUCAAGGUCAGCAUCUGCCUGCCCAUGGACACGGAGACCCCCCCGGCCCGAGCCUACGUCGUCUCAGUACUGCUGCUGAACGUCGUCGCCUUCAUCGUCAUCUGCUCCUGCUACGUCAAGAUCUACGUCACGGUCCGGAACCCCCAGUACAGCUCGGGAGACCAGGACACCAAGAUCGCCAAGCGGAUGGCCGUGCUGAUCUUCACCGACUUCCUGUGCAUGGCACCCAUCUCAUUCUACGCCCUAUCAGCUGUGAUGAACAGGCCCCUGAUCACAGUCAGCAACUCCAAGAUCUUGCUGGUGCUCUUCUACCCGCUCAACUCGUGCGCCAACCCAUUCCUCUACGCCAUCUUCACCAAGGCUUUCCGCAGGGACGUUUUCAUUUUGCUAAGCAGAUUUGGCCUUUGCAAGUACCAGGCUCAGCUCUACCGGGGCCAGACGGUCUCGCCCAGGAACAGCAGCGGUUCGUUUGGCCAGAAGGGGACCCGGGGAGCCGGGCAAUCUCUCACCAGAGCCCACGACCAGCACGAGCUGUGUGGGGGCUCCUGUUUAGCGCCUGCCAGACCAGACCCCUGCCAGGGAGACUGUAAGCUGACGGUGUUGUAACUCUCAGGGCAGGAGUGUGAUCCUACGAGGACCUGGUUUUCUGGACAAGAGGCCUAACUCCAGGACCCAUUGCUUUUUUUUUGGCCACAUGGUUCUGAGAUUUCUGGAAGGAAUGGUCCCACUGACUCUGGAAAUGUGACCCCGCUGAGCCCCCGCCCUUCAAGACACCAUUGGCAUUGGGAGAAAGCGAGCAUGUCAGAAACUUGGGACAAAGUGGAAGAAUGAAGCCAUUUGUUUUCCUUCGGGGAUUUACCGAUCAGCCAGUUCUGUGAACAGAGAGGGUAACCCAGAGAACCUGCUUAGACACCAGCAGCUCCAGUAUAGGAUCUCUGCCUUGUCGUCUUUGAUGGUGAUUCUGCCAGUAGAAUUCCCAGAAACAUUUGGCUCCUCUUCAGCCUUCUUAAAAGUCAGUGAGGCCAGCAGGAGAAGUUGGUUUGUCCCUAAAUGCAGAUAAUGAGGUUUAAAGUCAGUCAGGGGUUACUUAUUUUUAGUGAGGAAGGUGGUGUAUCUUCAAAUUGACUUUUAUGCCCAUGGCCACUCUUGGAGACCAUUACUCAUCUCUUGAGAAGCAGUUCCCAGACACGAUCCACUCUCUCUGUGCUCUUGAGAUGGAUGCAGUGUUCAGUUUCGGGGAAAUAGCAGUCUCAAGUUCCUUCCUACAGACUAGCGUAAGUGCUGCGUGCCAAACUGGCAUGGGGGUUUGUGUCACAUCUGGGUCAACCUUGCAAGUUGUUUUCAAAAUCACCGGGCAAUAAAAAUCAGGUUCAGUCCCCUUAAUGUCUAUUGGCUCACCCAAAUUGAUCAGUACCACUGUGCCCAUGCGCUCACCUCCUUCUCCUGUUCCCUGCAUGUAACCCCUAAUCAAUUUACUGUUCCAUAGUGUGCAGAAAUUUCCUUGAAGAUCAAAAAAUCCCCCCAAAAUGAAAACCAGGAAUAGGAAGGAGAGGUCAAGUGAGAUUUAAUUCCUUCUUAGCCCUUCCAAAUCUUUCAGCUCUAGGCACAAAAGCCAGCUCUCAUUUACUGGAUAUCAGGACCUCUGAAGGCAUUGUCGAUGGGAUAUCACUGAUGGAUCAGACCAUCCUGGACCAGAAUUGUUUUCUUACAGCAAGUCAAUCUGGCUGUAAAAAGCCCAAUAAUUCCAGGAAAAAUUUUUGCCUGGGUGAUUCAGAUGGAGAAAAAUCAGGUUUAGAAUCUUGGCUAUCAUUAGACUUGGCAGCGGAUAUUUGUCAAUGGCCUAGUUUGAGCAGACAACUCUAUUUUGAGCCCCCCGAGGGAUGAGGACUGUGUCUGAUUCCCACCUGGGAAUUUUUUUCCCCACUGUUUAGCACAAUGUUCUGCACCCAGUUAAUGCUUGAUCAAUACUAUGAGCACUACUGGGUGCAGGUGGGUCAAUUCCACUGCCCAAACCUGCCCUUCAGACUGUGGGCUGGAUGGAAUUAGGUGAUGAUCGAAGUGUUCUACUUCUCUUACUAGAUCUGGAAACCUUUCAGUGUCCUUUUCUCUCACUAAUCUAGAUGGUGACCUCCCCACUCUGAUCCCAAAAUUGUUUCACAAAAGGCACCCUUCUUAUAAGCAUCCUAGGUGCCUCACGACAGAUCUGAGAAAAUUUUCGAAGCAGAACUGCAUAAUUGGGCUGUGAUAGGUCCAAUAAGCCAAAGUCUUGAUUCAAAUUUGAAAAUAGAAGUUAGGAAAAUGAUAGGAAUCAAAUUAAUCAAUCAAUCAAUGAUACAUACUGAGUGCUUACUGUGAGCACAGCACUGUUCUGAGUUAAGUCACCAAUCUCCCUCUUUGACCAGUACUACAAGCUUUUUGAGAGUUAUGGCGUUCCUCUGUAUUUCAGGUGUGGGAAGAGGAGAGGCAGGUAACAAAAUAGCACGGUUCUGAUAGUCACAAUGGAUUUAAGAAGCGCGUCUCUAGACUGCAAGCUUGUGGGCAGCAUAUGUGUCUAUUAUUGUACUCUCCCAAGCACGUAGUACAAUGCUCUGCACACAAUAAGCGCUCAAUAAAUAAAAUUGAAUGACCUGGAUGAAUCCCUAUAAGGGCUCUUCCUUGAGUAUUCAUUAGGCUCUUGGGGGAGAAUUUGAUAUCUUCAAACACCCGUGAAAUAAGCAAUACUUGUCUCCCAAAGCACCCAAAGCUCUCUCUCACCAAUCGCCUCCUUUGACACUACAGUUUUCCGAUGAGGGAAACAACAAAAAGGGAAACGGAGAACAUGAGAAGUUAAGCGAUAUGUCUAAAGAAGUAGAAUGAGCUGGGACUAAAGACUGGAUUUUUCACUGCCAUCCUCAGAGCGCUUUCCACCAGACUGCCAAGCCUCCUGUCUUGGCGAGUGGAUUGGGGCAUCUCCUAGAGGACCCACAGGACACUGGACUGAUCUCUUGUCAGGAUCUAUCCAAGAAGGAGCAGCACCAGGACAGCCCAGUGAAUGGUCCUGCUGCUGAACCAUCACCUUCCUCUCUAAAACAAUCACCUGGAAAGGGAGAAUUCUGAAUUCUUCUGUGGUCCCAAGAACAGCUUUUGAGGUUUGUUGACCAGUAAUUGAGAACCUCGGCUCUCUGCUGAAGUCCGUGUCACUGUCCUCCAGUUGAAAGUCUCUUCAUGUGGCCUGAGAGCUUUGCUGCUCAAGAACUCAAAGCGCAGGUAUUUUAUCCUUAGAGCGCAGAAAUUCUACUUUUUAUGUCCUUAGACUGCACUUCCUGUGGGCCUAAAUCAUGAAUAUUUUCCUUGAGGCAAGUCAAAAGCUUCUGGAGAGUGUUGGCAGGAAAGUAUAUGAGCUUGACCAAAUGGGUCAUCUUUUUGCUUAUGGCCAUUGUUGUCUUUGGUUUGUCUGUUAAAUAAUAAGCUUUAUUCUUGUAAAUACAAACUAAUGCUUUUAAAGGACCCAACAAAAUUGGCCUAGAAAGAUAUGAUGAGAGAAAUUUUAAUUAAAAGUGAAUGUACUGCA